AAACAGUUGGGCUCAUAACCUUCACCGAGUAUUGAUUUAUUUUAUUCUGCUGCUUUGUUUAUUUGUUAAUUCAUUUUCAGCAAUGGAGAAUCAAGAGGAACAAAGUGAUGACAGAAAGUUGUCAGCGUUUAUUAUCGAACCAGGGGAUGUCAGUGAGGAGGAAAAAAAGACAAUGAUGGGUGAUACUAUUGGGGAUACUUCGUACAGUGCGAGUUGGAUUUUAAAAACACUUAUUUCCUUAUCAAAGCUUCCAGAAGAGGUGAAAUGGUCAGACGAAUUAGAAGAAGCUUUAUGUUAUUUAUGGGACAUGACUGCGGAGAAAGACGUCGUGUUAUUUAUUCUUGAAAAUCAGUUCUUAUCCAUUGGAGAACACGUGUUAAACGUAUCCACAGAAGAUAGACUGACGGAGAUAGUAGUAGGAAUCAUCGGCAACUUGUGCUGCCAGUCUGACGUUCUGCCUAGACUAGUAGAAAAAUCAGAGCUUGUCGAUUCAUUAUUGAAUCUACUACUCUGCAACGAUCCUGAGACUUUGAUUCAGGUUCUGAGGGUUCUCCAGACUGUGGUGUGGAAUCUCCAGAGUGAAUCUCCAAAUUCAAAGUGGGUGGACCGCUUGAAAAAUUGUAAAUUUCUGGGGACUGCUUUGGUAUUCAUUCUAAAGAGUUCCACGAAUGGUAAAUAA